UGGACUGUAAAUGGCAGAGAACUACACAACUUCCCGCAGAUCAUCCCGGAACUUCAGUUCCCGUCUAAUGUUUUCAGCCGGACAUAAUUUUAUGUUGAACAUCUACGCUACGUUCUCCAGGAUUCUUCAUAUUGUUUGCGCCGUAAAGUAACGUGGCGUACCUACAGGGACACUGGCUUACGCUCUUUACGUAGCAGUUCAGACAUGGCGAACAGCAGCCGCGAGCGGACUCGGCGGUACCUGAAAGGCUUGCAGCUGAUGAAGCAGGGGGCUGAGGCUCGAGUUUACCGGGGAAGCUUCCUGGGCAAGGCAGCGGUAAUAAAGGAGAGGUUCCCCAAGAUGUACAGACAUCCCGCACUAGACGAGAAGCUGACGCACAGGCGGACAGUGCAGGAGGUGCGCUCCAUCUUAAAGUGCAGGAAGGCAGGUAUUGCCACCCCCGUGGUCUAUUUUGUCGAUUAUGUUUCUAACUGCAUCUACCUGGAGGAUAUAGAAGGAUCGGUCACUGUCCGGGACUUUAUAAUGGCUGCAGAAGAACAUGGCUGCAGCCUUUACAGCCUAGCAGAAAGGAUCGGCCAGGUAUUGGCACGGAUGCAUGACGAGGACGUCGUCCACGGUGACCUGACCACCUCUAACAUGCUCCUGCGGCCGCCACAUCCCGACCUGAACCUGGUGCUGAUUGAUUUCGGCCUGAGCUUUAUCUCGGCUCUUCCAGAAGAUAAAGGCGUCGACCUCUAUGUCCUAGAAAAGGCUUUUCUCAGCACUCACCCCAAGACGGAGGACGUGUUUAGAGCACUGCUCAAGAGCUACGCAGCCGCCUCCAAGAAAUCCGGGCCUGUCAUGAAAAAACUGGACGAAGUCAGGCUGAGGGGCAGGAAGAGGUCCAUGGUCGGCUAGAUGAAGCCGAUGCCUGUAGUAAAGCCCACAGGCAACCCUUUCUGGACAUCCUUUGGACCCUGUUUGGACAGAUGCACUUAGGGCAAGGCCGUGGAACACAGUCUGUGGUAUCCCGGCCCGGCAUCCUGCUGACAGCAGGAGCGCACGGCGUCAUUGGUUGCUAUGACGCUGUGC